AUGGAUAAGAUCAAGGAGAGAAUGAACUCCCUCCGCCUGGAGGCCGAUGAAGCCCACGAGAAGGUCGAAGAGCUUAAGGGCAAGGUUAAGACGCUGGAGCAGGAGAAUCUUGCAAAGGAGCAAGAGAUCACAUCUCUCAAUCACCGUAAUCAGCUACUUGAGGCUGAGGUCGAGAAACUGGAAACCGCUCUCAAGGACGCUAAGGACGCCGCAAACCAGAGUGCUCAGCACGAUACCCAGAAUGAAGCCCUGCAACGGCGUUUGCAGCUUUUGGAAGAGGAGGCUGAAGAGGCCGACCGGACCUUGCGUGAAACAAACGAGAAGCUCCGCCAAACUGACGUCAAAGCUGGCCAUUACGAACGCAAGGUGCAGGCUCUCGAGGCAGAUCGUGACCAGUGGGUCGAGAAGUUUGAAGAGAUGGCCAAGAAGCAUUCGGAUUUGCAGAAGGAGUUGCAGGAGCUGGAGCUCUCUAUAAGCAACAUCUAA